AUGAUCUUCGCUAGUUUUCUCAAGGGCGUCGCUCUGAUCGUCCUCCUGACGCUUAAUGUGACGGCCUCCACUCCAGACGACGGUCGUCGCCUGCGCAUCGAGCCACUCGUCGACCACACUGAGCACCCACCGGCAAGGGAGCUGCAGGUAAAGAGCGCUAUUGUCAAGGCCUUCAAAUGGAUGGGCACGAAGUCGGAGAUGAUUUAG